AUGGUUUCACUACCAAAUCAACUCAACUUCAUUCUAAUCCCUCUAAUGGCCCCGGGUCACAUAAUCCCCAUGAUCGACAUGGCCAAGCUCCUCGCCCGCCACGGCAUCACCGUCUCCAUCAUCGUCACCCCUCUCAACGCCGCCCGUUUCGACUCCGUCGUCUCCCGGGCCAUCUCCUCCGGCCUCCCUAUCCGCCUCCUCCCCGUCCCCUUCCCCGCCGAGGAGGCCGGCCUCCCGCCCGGCUGCGAGAGCGCCGACUCCCUCCCUUCCUACUCCCUCGUCCCCAACUUCUUCGACGCCGUCGAAAAAUUCCGAGCCCCCGUCGACGACACUCUGGCCGGCCUCCGCCCCCUCCCCAGCUGCAUCAUCUGCGACAAACACUUACCCUGGACCGCCGACACGUGUGAUCGCCUCCGAAUCCCGAGGAUCGUCUUCGACGGCAUGAGCUGCUUCGCCCAGCUCGUGAUGCACCGACUUUACGCUUCGGAAAUCCACACAACCGUGGGCCCGUCGGAGCCUUUCGCCGUCCCGAACCUUCCCGACAAAAUCGAGCUCACGAGGCUGCAGCUGCCCGGGUACUUCAACCCCGGCUCCGUGGACGUCGGCUCUAUCCGCCAAAGGGUGAAGGAGACCGAGCACCGGGCCCACGGGGUGGUCGCCAACACGUUCGCCGAGCUCGAGGGACCCUACUUGGACGAGUAUCGGAAGUUGAAGUCGGGCCGGGUUUGGUGCGUCGGCCCGUUGUCCCUGUUUGGAGACGACGGCCCGCUCGACCGGGCCCAGAGAGGGAAUCGGGCCUCGAUCGACGCGGGGGAAUGCAUUGGGUGGAUGGACGGGCAGAAGCCCGGUUCGGUCGUGUACGCCUGUCUCGGGAGCUUGAGCCGGCUUUCGCCGGCGCAGUUCGUCGAGCUGGCCCUGGGUCUGGAGCUUUUGGGCCGGCCGUUUAUUCUCGUGGUUAAAGGUGGGGACAAGUCGGAGGAGAUCGAGAAAUGGAUCUCGGAGUCUGGGUUUGAGAGGAGGGUCUUCGGGGAGAGGGGGCUACUUAUCCGAGGGUGGGCCCCACAGGUGCUUAUCCUGUCCCACUCUGCAGUCGGGGGGUUUCUGACGCACUGCGGGUGGAAUUCGACGCUGGAGGGCGUGUCGGCGGGCGUGCCCAUGAUCACGUGGCCGAUUUUUGCCGAGCAGUUUCUGAACGAGAAACUGGUCGUGCAGGUUUUGAGGACGGGCGUGGGGGUGGGGGUCAAGAGCGUCGCGCAUUUGGGAGAGGAGACGAGUCCGGAAAACGAGGUGGGGAGAGAGGACAUUAGGAGUGCAGUUGAGAGGGUGAUGGAUGUGGGCCGAGAGGCGGAUGAAAGGCGGGAAAGGGCGAAGGAGCUCGGGAGGAAGGCGAAGGGGGCCGUGGAGGAAGGAGGAUCGUCUAGUGCGAAUGUUGCGCUUCUGGUUCAAGAAAUUACUCGAUUGAUUGAUCAACAACAGUAG